AUGAUCGAGUCAGUGCAUCAUGAGGUGGCUCCUCCACCAUCUUCCAUUACGGAUGAAAACGAGGAUUUGCCUUCUACCUUUGGAGAUGAGGAUGCACUACUUUCGUUAGAUCCUGAAUCAACAGAAACCCUUUCCAUUUCUCGCAAUGGAACUGUCAACACGACGUCCUCUCGUUCUUCUGAGUUGCAGUCUCUUUCAAGUUCCAUGAAGACUUCUGAAUUGAGAAAGCCAAAGACCACUGCUGCAAUUGCAAUGCGUUAUCAGCAGGGUAGCUCUAGUAGCGGCAAUUUGGACUUUGCUUCCAUGGGAUUGAUUGGCCGCGAAACCGAAGAAUCAACUCUCCGUUCUUGUUUGGCAAACCUCAUGGUGACAGAUUCUCCAGAUAGCAAUGGCAGCAAGGAAAGUGGACCAUUCAAGGAGCUGGUGUUUAUCAAAGGGCCAAGUGGAGUUGGCAAGUCUUCAGUCGCCAGGAUAGUCGAGCAUGAUGUCAAUCAAGAACAACGUGAUAAUAGCAACUACAAUGGAAUCUUUAUCGACGGCAAGUUUGAAAUGAAUACCAUGGACGAGCCGUACUCAGGUGUAUCCAAGGCAUUUGACAAAAUCUGCCGCAAUAUCAAGAAAGGCAAGCAGGAAUCCAUUGCUGAGAUUCAACAAGAAUUGAAAGAUGGACUGGGGAAGGAAGUGCAACUCCUGAUGCACCUGCUCCCGGAGCUGGAGGGCCUUAUGAAUGAUGACCAAAACCAAUCCACCAAAUCAUCAUCUUUUGAUAUGGAUGCUUUUGAAAAUGGCAUGGAUCAGCUACGUUAUGCAUUUCGAGUGCUGGCUAGGGUCUUUGGUGCUGUCUUUUCUCCUAUGAUCAUCUUAUUAGAUGACUUGCAAUGGGCGGACAUCUCAUCACUUCAAGUAUUGGACUAUUUGAUCUCAGAUACCCAAAACUCAAAUGCUAUGAUGAUCAUCGGAAGCUACAGGUCUGAAGAAGCCAAUGAGAACAGCUUGCUCUUCAACAAGAUAGUUGCUUUCAGAGAGAAGGCAACCAAGUUCAGUUUCCGCGUUACAGAAAUGGAAAUCAAAGCAUUCGAUGCUGCCACCGUCGAGAAGAUUAUUGCCACUACCUUGGCGCCUGAGACUGCGGAACAGGGUUUAAGACUGGCAUUGAUCUGUAUCAAGAGAACCCUGGGGAAUCCCUUCUUCGUCUUUGAAUUCCUCAAAAUGCUUCACCACGAAGGACUCGUUUCGUACAACUCGUCCUCGAAACACUGGACUUGGGAUAUGGACAAGAUCGAAGACGCAACCAUGUCCACUGCCAAUGUUGUUGUCCUGCUACACGAUCGCAUGAGGAAGCUGUCCAACCAAGUUCAAGUUCUCCUUCAGAUUGCCGCGUACUGUGGGUCCUCUUUCUCCGAGCCAACACUCGAUACGGUUUGGGAUCACCACGGUCGAAGACUGGUCGGAUCAAAGAUUGAAAAAAUUUCGGAGCUACUUCCAAGGCUUGUUCAAGACGACUUUUUGGAACCAUUCGGCGAGAAACACUACCGAUGGGUACACGACAAAGUGCAAGAGGCAGCACUAUGCUUGACAGGGAAGCAUCGCGAGUCACUUCAGUUGGACAUUGGUACAACUUUGUACUAUUGCUUGGAAGAUGAGUACUUGGAAGAGGACUUGUUUAACGUGGUGGAUCUCAUUAAUCGAGGGAACAUUAACAAGAGAUCCCAGUUUGCGCUUGCGAACAUUAGAGCUGCAAAGAAGGCACGAAGCAUUUCGGCCUUCGAAUCCGCAGCAAAGUACGCGGCCCACGGGAUCGAGCUUUUGGAUGACUCCACUAAGUGGACGGAAAACCGUCUACUGGCUUUGCAGUUGUACACCAUAGGGGCCGAGAUGAACCUUCUGGCGGGAAGCAUCACUGUAGCAGAUCAAUACUGUGAUGUGGUACUGGGUCGGUCAGAGCUAUCAACAAUGGAAACUCUCCCGCUGAAGAUGGUACGAGCGAAGUGCCUCUCGAUGAUGGAACUUAAGUUCAACGAAUCUGUCGAAUACUGCUUGAAGCUGUUGAGAGAAAUGGGUUGCAAAUUGACCUGGCCAAGAUUCCUGUUACCGGUCCAAGGUCUGACGAUGGUCCUACGAACCAUUCGGAAGAUGGAGAAGGUACCAGAAGGCUCCUUCGAGUCUAUGGUCGUCAUCAAAGACAAACGCCAAAAGGCUAUUGCUAGUCUCUUGUCGAUGAUCGUGUAUAUGUCCUAUCAUUCUGGUAAUAUUCCCCUGCUCUUCGUUGGCAUUUGCAAGCUGGUAGAAAUGACUUUAGAGCAAGGCAUCAACGAAUUCUCCGCUAAGAGCAUUGCUUCAAUGGGAAAUGUUAUGCUUCUUUUGAACAAGGACCCUGCCAAAGCCGUUGAAUACAUCAAGAUCGCACUUUCCAUGCUCGCAAAGUUUGGGCGAAUGCGAAGUGGCGAGACGACCUACCUGGCAUACGCUCAUGGCCUGGCUUGGUUUCAACCAUUGGAAUCUUGUUCUGCGCCACUGAUCGAUGGAUACAAGAAAGCUCUGCGAGCAGGAGAAACAGAGUUUGCCUGUUGGAAUCUUCUAUCGUAUGUGGCGAUGGUACCGUAUGUUCUUGGUAAGCCACUGGCGCAGAUUCUCCAAGAGUGCCCCAAGGCCAUGAUCCAAUUUGAAGAGGCUGCUUCUGAAAUCCAUGUCUUGGACAUGCGCGUCCUGAUGCAAAUGCUAUCGAACUUGAGUGAUCCUUCCUGUCCUGAUCCUUCCAAGCUGGAAGGCGAUAUCUUCAGCAAAGCAAAUGACGAGGAGGAGGCAAAGGUCCAUCUCGCCAUUUCACAUUAUGCCGAAGGCGAGCUUGUGUUGUUUCACGGCGACUAUGUUGCUGCCGCCGACAGAGCGAUUGUGCUGGGAGAAGUUCACACCGAAUUGGUACCUGGAACCUACACUAUUAUGAUCGAGACUUUUCACCGAGCUGUGGCUUUGUACGCCGCAGCCCUGAAGACUAAGAAGGAGAAGUACAAAGUUCAUGCGAAAAAGGUACGAACGAAGAUUUCAAGCUGGGCGAAAGCAGGCAAUCCGAACGUCGAGUAUUUCGAUUUGUUCUUGACAGCCGAGCAGUUGGCAUUGGACAAGAAGUUGGACGAGGCUCAGCUCAAGUACGAAGCUGCGAUCAAUGCGGCGACUGGUGCUGGUCACUUGCAUCAUGCAGGUUUGUUGAAUGAACGCUAUGCUGAUUUCCUUCUGGAUCUUUGUUCCAAUGUAGAAGAGUCAAAGAAGACGUUGACGACUGCAAUCAAAUGGUACAAGGACUGGGGAGCCGCGGGGAAAGUGAAAGCACUGGAGUCGAAGUUAGGUGAAGUGAAGUGA